GAACGACCGAUAUCGCUGCUGGCUUGUGUUGCGCGCGCGCGCCACAGUGUAGCGACCCACCUUGUAUCGCCUGGGCGUCAUGCGCGCAGCUGGCGCAGCCUCGUACCCUUUGUUUGUAUCGAUCACGAUUCUUUGUGUUUUGAACUAUGGAAAUGAAUGUGUAGUUCUGUGUCUAUGUAGUGAGCAAAUCCUGCAUCAUGGCUUGUGAGUCCAUAUCCUUGGAGACUUCUUCCACGUCUCUCACGGAAGACUCUUCGCUUAACAUUUCAUUCGAAAACCUUAAUUACACGGUCCGCCAAGGCAUUUUUAACAGAGGACGCAAGGUGAUCCUGAACAAUCUGAGCGGCACUUUCAACUCCGGCGAGCUGACCGUCAUCGUGGGCCAGUCAGGCGCCGGCAAGAGUACACUCAUGGAUAUUCUAGCUGGAUACAGAAACGAGACGCAAGGCAAGAUCUACGUAAACGGAAGGAUCCGCAAACCCAAAUGGUUUCGGAGGCGAUCGUGCUAUAUCCUGCAAGAUGACAAAGUGCAAGACAUGCUGACCAUCGAAGAAUCCCUAACCAUUGCAGCUGAGCUUAAACUAGGAAACCACAUUAGUAAAGAACAAAAAACUAGACGAAUAAGAGAGAUCAUAACUGCCCUCGGCCUACGUGAGGUCCGGGACACGAGAGCAGCCCAGCUCUCGGGCGGGCAGAGGAAGCGCCUAGCCAUAGGCUUGGAGCUCAUAUGCGACCCGCCUGUCAUGUUCCUGGAUGAACCUACUAGCGGGCUAGACAGUUCAACAUCAAAGCAGAUGGUGUAUAUGCUGCAAAUGCUGGCGCACCAGGGCCGCACAGUGGUGGUGACCAUGCACCAGCCAUCAGCCGCUCUGCUGCAAAUGGUGGACCGUCUGUACGCGGUGGUGGCUGGCCAAUGCGCGUAUAUGGGCUCAGUCGAUAACCUAAUACCCUUCUUCGAAAACAUUCAUUUGAACUGUCCAAAAUUUCAUAAUCCUGUAGAUUUUCUUAUAGAAAUAUGUGGAGAGCAGCCAGAUAAACUAAUAAAUUACAUAGAAAAUGGACAAGACAUGCAGUGGCUUCAUAAUAUAUCUAAUGAAAGUGAUGAUAAAUUAUUAGAAAUAUUUAAAACAGAUUUAUAUGAGAAAGUGUUUCUAACGGCACUUCCAUCUCCAAAAGAGGACCCGACGAGUAAGAUCCUACUAGCACUGAAGAGCACGUACAGUACAUCGACGUGGAAACAAUUUACCACUUUGACACGAAGAGCAUUACUAUGUGCGUGGCGAGACCCCCACUUCACGCUGAUAAUGACGGGCAUCCACUGCGCCAUGGCGCUGUUCGUCGGCGUGCUGUUCUUCAACAUCGGCGAGGACGCCAAGCACACCAUCGACAACUACAACUUCCUCUCCUACAGCGUCAUGUUCGUCAUGUUCACCGCCUUCAGCGCCGUGUCUAUAAAAUUCCCGCUACAAUUUCCAAUGGUGAAGCGCGAGCACUUCAACCGCUGGUACACCCCGGGCGCCUACUACGUGUCCACACUAGUGGCUGCGUUGCCCGCGCAGACGGUGUGCACGCUGUGCUACUCUUGCAUAGCCUACUGGCUCACAGGCCAGCCGCCAGAAAUCAUUCGCUUCGGAAGCUUCUGCGUCAUUUUACUGAUGGUUUCUUACACGGCUCUCUGUGUAGGGCUGCUCAAUGGAUCUCUGUUUGAUAUUAAGCACGCCAUGAUCUUCGGGCCGCUCUUCAUAAUGCCUUUCACGGUAUUCUCUGGCUUCUUCCUGCACCUGCCCGACUCGCCGGCCUUCUUCCGGUGGCUGUUCCACGCGUCCUUCCUGAAGCACGGCCUGGUGGGCCUCUGUAUCACCAUUUUCGGCAUGGGCCGACCGCGCCUGCCGUGCUCCGAGAUUUACUGCCACUACACGUACCCCCGCUUCUUACUCAAAGAGGUCGGCAUGUUGAAUGAACAAUAUUCCGUUGUUAUCUUAGCUUUUGCCGUUAUAGUGGCCGUAGUUAUUCUGUGUACAUAUGUUUCAUUAAAAAUUAGACUCAAGUGUAAGUGGUAAAGUAUUAUUAUUAGGUUUAAUUAAUAGAAAUUUUGGGUUGAUGAGCGUUGCCAUGUUGUAUCAAGUUUAAUUUAAAUGUAC